GUGAGAUUAAGAGUUAUGGCUUCCAGAAGUCAAGUUUCUUCUGCUGCACAGGAAACUCCAUUCAUCGGAGAGUGUUCAAUUUGCUUGGGGGACGUGGUCGACAACAACUCCCGAGCCAUUGCUAAGCUGAAAUGUGGCCACUCAUUUCAUUUGUCAUGCAUUGGAUGCGAGUUUAACGCCAGGGGUGCAAUGCAGUGCCCCAACUGCAGGUCGAUGGAAACCAGCGAUUGGUUGUACUGCAUGGAAGCUCCUGGGCUUGAUACCAUUGAUGAAGAUCCUAUGCUUGAUGUCAUUGCUGAAGAGAGUGAUGAGGAGACCAGCAAUGCAGAUGCGGAGCAGGAGCAGGAGCAGGAGCACCAGAACCAAAGCUUUUUUCAGUGUCUACAUGGGCAUCCUCACUGCCCAGGGCCCGACGAAAAUGAUGAUGCAUGGCCUUUACGAGUUUACAGGCCAACAGGGGCACUCCAAGUUGGAGGCAAUAGCAGCAACGUUGGUUUCCCCGACGUCGGUGUCCCCCAGCAUAACUAUUUCCCCUUGACACUAGCACGGCUGGCACCACCCUCCACCCCUCUCCAUGCAAGCAAUAUUAAUGAUGCUGCAAUUGGCCUUGCCAACAAUGUCGUCAACUAUAGGCCCCCUGCUGCUCUUGUCCCCAUUGGACCUCAUUUUCAUCCAAGUCUGGCGACGUACCCCAUUUUGCACGGGGGCAAUCCGCCAUCUCCAUUGAUGGAGGUUGUGUUAGCCAGUAGAGGAGGACCAUAUUGGGUUCCUCGCCAUGAGCUGAACCUAGCUGGACCAGAGCCAUCGGUGUUCAGUCAGGGCAGAGGCUGCACUACUGCUGCUGAUCAUCAUGUGGAGCUUUACAUGGAGCAGCCGCCGCCUCUUUUUCCAUCUACCGGCGACUAUGGCGGUAAUCCCAGUGAGGCUGCGAAUCCAGAAGAUGCAGAUGCUCCAAGAAUGAUACACUUCCUGUGAAGCUUAUCAUGCAGAAACCAUUAAUAACCCUGGAUAUCGGGCAACCAAACCUAGUUUGGUCUAAGGGAAUUUUCCAGAAGACUUUGUUUUCUUAAUCCAGUCAUGUUUCGACUGCUUUGUUUUAUGUUUGUGUUGUUGCGAGACAUUCCUUGACUUCCUUUAA